UUUUGUUUUACAUGGACUCCACCAAACCUUCCCUGGAUUUUGUCAAUAAAUUGGAGCAAAGCAGGUCCUUUUUUACCAAGCUUGCAAACAUUGGACAGAAGAAGCAAACAAUUGCAAACUACAUGAAGAAUCUGAUGAGGUUUCUUCGCUACAUCACGACGUCAACAAACCUCAUCCAGACAGAAAGGAGCUUGUAUGAGCAAUGCAAGCAUUUCCAGGACUGCCUGAAUGACUUACAGAAGUCCAUGAGCAAGCAGGUGUCUCAUGAAAUUACCGGGAAAAGGUACACACAGAUGAUGACAGUUGCAAAGACACCGAAAGAAUGUGUGGCAGUCUUGGAGGUGGCCAAGAAAGACUUUCUGGGUGUCGUUGGGAAGGCCAAGAGUGAAGAAUCUUUGGUUGAACCUGAACAACUGCUCAUGCUGUACUACCUGGAGUCUCUGCUCAUGCUGAAACAUCUCCAAAGGGCUGGAGUUGUAAAAAAUAUGACCCUGAACGAAUGGCUCUCAAGGAAGGAGUGCAUCUUGCCAAAUGGUGAGAAAUGGACUGUCAUCGGUGUUAAGCAACACAAGACAGCGACACAGCAGGUGGCAACCGUUUCGUUAGACGAGGAGGAAGAUGCAUGGUUGGAUACGUACUACCGACAUGUUCGACCAGCUUUUCUUAAAAAAUGUGAUGACGUGGAAGAAGAUGAGAGAUUCUUCAUUUCCACAGUUGGAAGAGCCAUCUACAACCCUUCCAAUGACCUACAAAGGUUUCAUGCCAAAUACAAACUCCCCAACAUCACCAGCCAGGUAGCAAGGCGAAUCUUUGAGACGCAUACCAAAGCCAACUUCACGGAUGCAGAGAAGGCACUUGUUGCUGACUACUUGGCCCAUACAACUGCUACAGCUGACAGGCACUACCGCAUGAAGACACCACUCAAUGCCUGCAUGGGAAUGAAGCUGAUCUCCAAAGUUGCCAUGUCCAGUGACUCUGUAACUCACUUCCCCAGAAGAGAACCCUCUGCCAGAAAAGCAGAGAAAUACAUUAAACGGCAGAACUGGGAGAAGAACAAAGUGAAGGUGGAGGAUGUCCUUCGUUACUGGCAACCUUCAACCAACAUUGACACAAAAAAUGAAAACAAAGCAAUUAUGAAACUGGUGAAGUCCCAGAAGUGGAGAGGAUUGUACAUUUCCAAUGACCCUGUCAAAGGAAGAAAGGUCAUGACAACACGGAAAUUUGCUGAAGGGGAAGUCGUCUGUGACUACCACGGUCUCCCACUCUCAGGGAAGCAGGGGAAAGAGCUUUUGGCAGCAACAGAUGAAGACGAGAUGGGGUACCUAUAUUUCUACAGGGAUGUAUCAGGGAAAACGUGCUGCAUAGAUGCCAAGACUGUGCCCUGCCCUUGCCACCCAGAGAAGGACACAAUUGGACGGAGGAUCAACCACUCCAGAAAGAGAAGCAACAUUAAAGCUCAGCUUCAGCAACUUGAAGAGGAUGGCAAAGUGUGGAACGUCAUCCUUUUCAUUGCCCAACGAGACAUUACGGUGCAGGAAGAACUGUUGUUUGACUAUGGGAUGUCAAGAAAAUCUUUUGGUGGAGAAGGAUAA